UGCUCCCGCACCUGCCGUGAACACCCGCUAUGCGUUCGUUCGCCUGGUUGUAACUUGUCGCUGGGGGCGUCGCCAUGCCCUCACCGACCCGUUACGGCGUUACUGUCUGUGACUCGCGCCCUGUGUGGGGGCUGACCUGCUGACCUCAGGGGCAGCUCUGGAGGGAGUGUUUAAUUGUGGUAAGCCUUGCGAUUUUAAGUCUUUUCUUAAGACCUUUGCGUUAUUUUAUAAUAACAAUCGUGGAGCAGCAAGGCCUCCAUCCGUACAGCCGAAGUACAGGCUGACGGCAGGACAGGCAGAAUUGCUGUUAGCAGUGCUGCAGGCACGGAUUUGUACAAUCCAGCUUUUUUUUUUUUUUCCUUUUUUUAACGGUAACACACUGAGGUGCCUGAGGAGAUUCCCAUAUGUCAGUGCAAUCCAACAUGCUUCUUGUCACUCGUGUGACCUGCAUGGCUUCCAGGGAUCCGUCACUGGGACAGAGCGACUCUCCUGCAGCCUUGCCGAUCGCCGUGCGCCUCUUGGGCAGCUCCGCGUCCUCAGCUGCGCCUGCGCGGCCGCCUCCACCUCUAUCCACAGAGGAGCUCCACCUGCUCGAGCCCAAUGGCCAGGCGCUCUGCGAGCUGCAGCCCCUCGGGGCGUCCAGUGCACACAUGAUGAUUGUUGCCAGCCAGUCAGAAAAUGGCCAGGUGCUUCAUGUCAUUCCUUCUGCCCAGCCAGGAAUGGCCCAGGUGAUAAUUCCUCAUGGUCACCUUCUGGAUGUCACUGGCACUCAGGAUGCUUCAGAAGAGAAGUGUGAUGAUGGGAACUUGCAGACUGUGGCAGUGGCUGCUAUAGCAGACAGUGCGAGCAGUUACAUUCUCCAUCCACAAGCAUCUCUCACCAUAUCAAAAAAAUCAGCAACCAGAAUAUUAGAAGACUCCUUUCCCAUCCCUCUCCAGCCCUUGCCAACAAAUGCACCUGCAUGGGCGCGUCGUCUCUGGAACUGUGAGAAAAUUGGGGACUCAUACCGCGGCUAUUGUGUGAGCGAGACAGAAUUAGAGAGUGUUCUAACGCUACACAAGCAGCAAACACAAAGUGUGUGGGGGACACGCCAGUCUCCAAGCCCGGCCAAACCCGCCACACGGUUGAUGUGGAAAUCCCAGUAUGUCCCAUAUGAUGGGAUCCCCUUUGUCAAUGCAGGAAGCAGAGCCAUUGUAAUGGAGUGCCAGUAUGGGCCAAGGAGAAAAGGGUUCCAGUCUAAAAAAGCUGGUGAGCAGGAAAGCACUUCUGGCUAUCUAUACAAAGCCACUUGUCCAGCAAGGAUCUAUAUUAAAAAAGUUCAAAAGUUUCCGGAGUACAGAGUUCCUACUGACCCUAAAAUUGACAAGAAAAUCAUAAGAAUGGAGCAGGAAAAAGCAUUCAACAUGCUGAAAAAGAACUUGAUAGAGGCUGGUGGUAUUGUCAGGUGGUAUGUGCAGUUACCCACUCAGCAAGCCCACCAGUAUCAUGAAAUGGAAACUUCCUGCCUUCCUUCUUCACCCUCCCAUUUUUCUGCUGCUUUUCCUGAGGAGGAGGAGGACAUUGGUAGAGAUGAGAACUGCACUCUGCCUUCCCGCCUUCAUCCCCAAGUGGCAGACAAGAUCCGAGAGCUGGUGUCUCAAGGAAUAGAGCAAGUCUAUGCAGUGAGGAAGCAACUGAGAAAGUAUGUGGAAAGAGAAUUAUUCAAACCUGAUGAGGUGCCAGAGAGACAUAACCUAUCCUUCUUUCCCACUGUGAAUGACAUCAAGAACCAUAUUCAUGAAGUGCAGAAGUCCCUGAGAAAUGGUGAUGUGGUAUAUAAUUCAGAAAGCAUUCCAGCGACGCUACAGUGGACCACAGAUGGUGGGAAUGUUCUCACAGAAACAGUGACUGUUACGUUUGCCUCACCACCUUCCAAUGGAAGCUCACCAGGGGAGUCAGUCAUCACCAAAGCAGAAUCCAACCAGAGCGCAGAGACCCUGCUAUCAGAAAAAGCUCAGCUGUUGUCUUCUCUCUCUUCACUUCAGCCCAAGAUAUUUGCACAAUUUCAGGGAUUACAGAUGCAAUCAAACUUUACCUCCACAAAUGGGUCAACAGCCCUGAUAGCUGUGAAUAACCAUUCCCAUUCCAAUUCUGCAAAUCUCUUGGAUUCCAUAGAGAGUGCAGUAACCAACCAUCCUCCAGUACUUGGUCAGGGGCACAGUCUGCAAAAAGGUGCUGGCCUAGCACAGCACAGUGCUGCUGCCUCUGCUUUUGGGACUCCUCCUGCCACUGAUCAGAAUCUGGUCACCAUGGGCCACCUGGUAGCACUUGACAGGGAAGGGGACUCCAGAAGCCUAGAAGGAGGAAUCCAGCAAGUUCUCUUGGGAGAUGUGCAGACUAUUCCAGUACAGAUUGUGGAAAGCCAGCCUGCACUUCAUGAAAAUAAUACAGAGGCUGGUAUCUGUAUGAGCCAAGUUAAACAAGAGCCAAGAGAAAAAGCGCUGUCUGUGGAGCCGGAUAAAAUCAGAGACUGCCAGAGAUCCUCCUCUGUUUAAAUCUGUGAAGACUGUAAGGAUUUUUCAAGUCAGAGGACUCUAAAUGCCUUGGGAAGAAAGGCAGGUACUCUUAAAAUAAUGCCAUUCUUUUUAAAUGGUACUGUGACAUUCAGACUGGGCAUAUUUUAAAUAGUUCUGACAGACAACUAUUUUGAUUUACAACUGAUGUGACUCACUGCCAAUUCCAAAUCUGUUCACUUACCAGGUGAAACAACUCUUCUCUCUUCCAUUUUAUGUUUUGAAUAAUUUGAAUGCUAUCCAAAUGGUCCAUUUUGGUCAGCAUUUCUAAAGGUCUUCCACAGUUAGUGUUAGAAAGUGGAUUAAAAUGCUUGAUUUGCUUUUCUCCUUGAGAUCACGAACUGUUACAGCGCUACGCAGUCCACAGAAUCUGCCAGCUCCCAGACUCUGGAUUCCAACAACAAAGUUCAUGAACACAAUAGUUUUGUGACAAAACAAAGGUCUAAUAGACUACAUUUCUACGUGGUGAAGGACAUGGAUGCUUAAGAAAAUGCAGCUUUGACCUGAUCAUGUUAGUGGUGUGAGGAUCAAGGAGAGAAGAAAGGUGAGGAUGCCAGGUGAACUUAGUUGGAUGAUGAAGAAACAUCUGUGAAUUGUAACAAUGAAUGUUUUCAGCUUAUGAUGUCUUUAACCCUGUUCUAGCUUUGUAAUCAUAGAAUCAUUAAGGUUGGAAAAGUCCUCUAAGAUCAACAAGUCCGAUCAUCAACUAAACCACGUACCUAAGUGCCACAUCUGUGUUGCCACUUGCAGUCUUUGCAGUGGUAUUGUAGCAAUAGUUGGUUGUUACAUCUAAAAGUAGUCUUGGUUUUUUUGUUUUAGAAAAAAAAAAAAGAAAAAUUGAUGCUGCAGUUUCAGCUUCUCUACCUUUUGCUUUAUGCACUUAAAUUAUAUUUGUGAGUCUAUCUUAACUUGCUGCUGUUCAUGAUUGUGAGGCUUACAUAUACAUUACUAACAGAGAGGCCCAAGAGAACAAAGCAAGUAAUAUAAAUCCAAGCAAUAUGUUCUGUCACCGUAACAUUCAGGAAACAAACUUGUUUUUCUUUUCUGCAAUAGCAGCUUCUAGGACUGAACUGGUCUGAAGUACUUAAAAGAGUUACCAGGAAGUUUCAUCAAACUGAAUAUGGUUGAGUAGUACCUUUUGGCAACAUUUAAGCCAAAGUCAUAAUAAGAGACAGAAGUUGAAUUGCGUGAUCCGUGAUAGAUAACUUUCUUUUAAUAACAACAGCAACAAAAAAAAGGAAUCUAUUUAAAGCAGUAAGUGAAACGAAACUGAUGCCAAUGUAGGUAUCAAGUUAAACAGUGGCAUUGGUUUUUCAGACAUUGAAUUUUUAGAGUAGCAUCUAAAAUAUUUUGUGUAUAGCAGUACCAGUAGUUCCUUUUGAAUUGUUUAAGAAACUGAUCACAGAAUUAGAUAUUUUUCUGCAGAAGGCAGAAGGCUUUCUCUUCUCCACUCUAAAAAAGCAAUUAAAAAAAUGUGGACUUAUGCUGAGAGAAAAUGUUAGGAAUAUUGUGUGUAUAUAUAUGAACAUAAAGAUUAAUGUUUUGAAAUUACUACAUUUAUUAAUAUGCAUUCAAGGCAUUCACAAACCUUGUUUGAACAGUGGCCAUUUAAAACUGAUUUUUAACUUUCUGUCUUUAAAGCUAAAACUUUGGUAAGUCGCUGGUUGAAAUUGGGUUCCUAAUACCUCUGUAAGCAGCAUCUGUUAGAUAGUUAUGUUGUAGUCUUAACAUAAACAUGUAUUGACUUCUGUGAGGUUAAUUAACUAUUGCUGUUAAUACUGUUAAUUUUAAGGUUAAUGUUUAUGGAUUAGCUUAAAUCUGAACUUUCCAACAGAUGAUAAAUACUAAGAGCCAGUGUUUCAUCAUGCAAGUGCAUAGAGAAUCUUCAGAUGUUUGGAGUGUCUGAUACUUGUUUCUACAUGGACUUGUUUUGUGGUAUGCCUUACUCAUUUCUGGGUAGGUAAAUCCUGUGAGAUUCACCCUUGUGGUGGUGGUGGGUUUUUUUUCCUGUUAAUUGUGAAAGUAUGUCCAGAAUGGAUGUUCUCUGCUGCACUCAGCGUUCUGGAGGCAGUAGUCAUCUUUUCAAAUGUAGUUGUUAUAUACCAGGAUGGGUACCUUAUUCCACACUGCUCAGUGAUUCCACCACCAUCUGUUUGUCUUAAAUUAAUAUAUUCCAAAGUAUAUUGCCUUUUUCCACUUCUUCCACAGAAUUUUUUUUGCCUUGUUAUAUUUAUUUUCCUCUUUAAGAAUCCCUUCUCAUUUUUGAAAGUGCUUAUUCUCAAAACAAGUUACAGCUAACCAGCAAUAGGUUAUUUCAGUUUUGGUUGGUUUAUUUGUUUGUUUUCAAAGGAAUCAAUGUGCUUAUGGCCAGUGUAAAAACUUGAGGAAAGAAGUUUUAUUUCCAGUGGUUCUUGCUUUAGUUCUCUCAUCAACAGAUUUAUUUUUUAAUUGGCUUAGUUCUUCCUACCAGUAGCUACAAGCUAAUCCUGUGCUGAACAAUGUUUCUGAGGGUACUUCUAUUUUUUGUUUAGUGUUCAUAGCGUAUGGAAAUUUUGUAAUCUGUUUCGAGUUACAGGCCAUAAAGUUAUUCUUUAUAAUUGAUCCUGAUUUCCAUGAUACCUUGAAAACAACAGAAGAAAAGGUUGGGAGAAAUUUGAAGAUGAUGUAGACUGUGCAAAAGCUGGGUAUGAAAGUGGCAAUUCUGUUCCUAGGAAAAUUUUGUUUGAAAUGCUUCGGUCAAUAGUUUCCUUCACUUUCACAGAAUUCCACUUCAUCUUCCACAUGUGUAUUCCAGUUUAUUACUGAGUUGCCUUUUAAGUUUGUUUCCUGUUUGAAAGGUAUGUUUACUCUUGCUUUGUGUGUGUUGCUGAUGGAGAGCACGGGCCGAUCACACGUUUAAGCAUCUGUAUUCAGAUGAACAACUUAGUUCACUAAUGUCCACUUAAAACUUACAGGAAAAAAAUCUCACGCGUACAGGAAAAAAAUUACAGGUAAACAAUGGCACUUUCAAUGCACUUCAGUUUGUUUGAAUAGAAUACUCAAGAUUGUUUUUUGUUUGUUUUCCUGAGAAAGCUGUGUAGCUUGGUGCACAGUAGUUGGUUGUGGGGUUAAGUUGGAUUUGCAAAUGUUUUUCUGAUGUUUACUUUGUUUUCUUGUGACUGUUAUGGUUCAAGUGUUUGUUUUGCAAACAUAGAAAUCCUGAGCUUCCAUGGCAUUGUAAAUGAGCAAAUUCUUUUCCAA